AUGUCGUCCCUCCUCCCUACCCCUCCUCACCCACACGCCUCCCUCUACCCCUCGGCCGCCGACGAAGCAGCAGCCUACGUCGCGCACGCCUCCUCCCUCUCCCUCCAUCCGCAACAACGCUCCCGCUCUCACUCCUCCGUCCCCCUCCCCGACGCCAAACGCCCCCGCUCAUCGGCCACCUCCUCCUUCGCAGCGCAAGACUGGACUUCCUCGCGUCCUCCCAGCCCGGCUCUCAAGCCCUGCACUGCAGCAUGGACGUCUUCCUACGCCGCGCACCCACUCGCCUCGACAUCGACAUCCGGAUCCGAGGUCCCCCCUCCCCCGCUGCUGCACGUCCAAGCACACUGCCCGACUCCCGCUCUCACGCCCGACGAAGACGGCGACGAGCACCUCGAAGGACGGAGCGGAUUCGUCAAGCGCGAUGACCUCACCGCCAAGGCAGUGAAGCGCGCGCAGAACUUGUCGACGGCGGGACAAGGAGCGGAGGGCGGCAAGGAUAGGUUCGUCAAUGGGUUGGUUGGCGCCUCAGUCCUCGCCAUCGAAUCCAUCUGGGGUCCCUCCACCCCCUCAACCUGCACCCUCGCCUCUCCCUCCUCCUCCAUCAUCCCCCUCUCCUACUUCGUCAAAGAAGUCCUCCGCCGCUCCCGAACCUCCUGCUCAACCCUCCAACUCGCGCUCUACUACCUCCACAAAUCGCGCCGCGAGAUCCGCGCGGCGGUCAAGAGGGCGGGGGAGAGUGAGGGCGAGAUCAAGAGGUUGGAGAGGGAGUUGAAGCGUGGGAAGGACGAGGUGCGCGCGGGGAAUUCGAGGGCGCAGGACGCGGCGUAUCCGUCGCCGCCUCGCUCGCCCGGACAUGAGCUGGACGCCGCAGCGCGGAGGGAGACGACCCAGUCCCUCGGGGACCGGUUCUCCGCCCUCGUCGCAGCUCAAAAUUCGCCCGUCCUCUGCGGCCGAAGGAUGUUCCUCGCCUCGCUCAUCUGCGCCUCAAAGUACCUCCAAGACCGCAACUACUCGAACCGCGCUUGGGCAAAGAUUUCCGGACUCGACGUCCGCGAGAUCAAUGCCAACGAACGUGCGUUCCUCAAGGUUACUGGAUUUGGGUUGCACCUCCCCGCCGAGGAGUUCCAGAGGUGGACAGAGAGGUUGGCAGCGCUCAACUCGUCGAGUUCGCCUCUCACUUCACCCGCGACGAACACGACCAUCCCCUCGCCCCUCGCGCGCUCAGCAUCCGAGUACCACCUCCUCGCCAGCAUCCAAGCGCCCCUCCUCGCAGCCGGAACGCGUCCGUCGCUCCCUUCCUCGCGCAAGGUUCUCGCGCGCGGUGCGAGUGCGGCAGUCGUUUACCCCACCACCACGACCAACUCCUCGACGAGCGCGACGACGAGGGAGAAAGGUUUCCCGAUUGCGGCGCCGAGGAUGGCCUAUCGCCAGCCUACCCCCUCGUCUUCCUCCUCCGAGGGCGAGACAGAGGCAGACGAGUCUUCGUCGGCCUACUCGUUCACCUCGGUUUCGGACGGUCGCAAGCUCCGCGCGCUUCCUACUCGUCGCAUCCGCGCGCCUGCCGCGGUCACCGCCUCGCCUGCGUCGUUCGUUCCGCAGGCUUGGGCAGCAGGAGUCGUGCCUAUGGAGGGAGUGGUGGUCUCGCAAGUGGAGGGCGUCAGGGCGCACUGA